AUGGCAGCUACAUCUCUUUCAAUCACAAGCUCAAUCCUUUCCUCAUCUCAUUCCUCCGCAAAUCAUCACUUCCUUUCCCGACCAUUCGCAAUCCAAUUUCCCUUUCGCUUUAUUGCAUCUUCCUCAACUCUCAGCCACCGUGCGAUCCACCUUCCUCCCAUAUCCGCCGUCAAAACUCCGAAAAAAAUCAAAAAGAUUGGUUCCGAGAUCACUUCUCUGACCCUCGAAGAAGCUCGCGUCCUUGUCGAGUACGUCCACGACAAGUUCGGUGUUUCUUUGGUCUUUUCAGCGACACCUACAGCGACAGCUAUCGCUCCUCUUGGCGGUGAGGCUUCUUCUGAGGCGGCUUCUGUUGUGGAGAAGCAGACCAAAUUCGAUGUGGUUAUCAACCAAGUCCCAUCGAAUACGCGUAUUUCAGUGAUUAAAGCGAUUAGGGCUAUGACUAGCUUGUCAUUGAAAGAGGCGAAAGAGUUUAUUGAAGAACAUCCAAAGACGUUUAAGGAAGGCGUAACGAAAGAUGAAGCAGAAGAAACUAAGAAACAACUCGAAGAAGCUGGCGCUGAGGUUUCCAUUGUUUAA